UUUUACUUAUAACUUAUAUCAAUUUAUAAUCGAAAUUCAAGAAGUAAUUGUUAACAUUAAUUACUCACUUAAGUAGUAAAUCUAAUAAAAAUAUGUGUUAAUAUGUGUUAAUAAAGAAACUUGAAUAGUUUCUUAUUGUCUAUAAAAGUUUUUAUGUUAUAAAUAGUUUUUUUCUAUGAGCGUGAUAAUAAUAGAAUGAUUGUAAAUAUUUCAGCCUUACCGUAAUGGAUAUAAGUGGUACUCUGUGGUCCUGCGUGGUGAUAUCUUGUAUCUAUUCGGUGACAGCAGAAUGGUACGACACUUUCACUGGUAAUCAGAUAACAGAAGCAAGACUGGCUGCGUUGAGACUCAACAAUCUUAUACCAUGGUGCGCCAUAGAAGUGAAGAAUUGUUCAUUGGAUGAACCCCGUCGAUUGGACAACAGUUGCAAUAAUAUACACCGACCAUCACUAGGGACCAUCAUGACCCCUUAUCACCACAUCUUGCCCCCCGACUUUCCUACAAAUGGGGGGCUUCGGACUGCAAAGUCCGGAAGAGCGUUGCCCAACGCGAGAGCUCUCAGAGUCGCUCUGGUGCCAGACGGAAGAAUUCCUAAUAAAAAUUUCACGCAUUUACUCACAAACAUGAUUGUAUUUGUUACAGCGGACUCUACUACUGUCCACGACACGGCUAAUUAUGUUGCUCUGACGACAACGUGCUGUAUGCCAGGCGGCGAAUUAGAUCCAAGAUGUAUGCCAAUAAGAGUACCAGACGACGACGUGCACCUGAGGAGGAGUAACGUUAGAUGUCUCAAUCUUACGCGCUCCAUCACGUAUCAGAGGCUCGGGUGUACACCAGAAACGCUACCGCCUGAGAGAAUAAAUUUAAAUACACCUAUGCUGGAUCUGGCUCAAGUCUAUGGCAGUGAGACUGCAAAAGCGAUGAAUUUCAGAGAGAGAUGGGGUGGUAGACUCAAAGCUGAAAAACUGAAAGGGAAGGACUGGCCACCAGGUAACGGUCGAGUCUGCUUCCAGAACAACCUCAAUGAGACGAGAUGUCAUGCACUUGCCGAAUCGCUGGUCAACUCUCUAUUAUCAGUGAACAUGGCAUUCCUCUGGUUCAUGCGACAGCACAACAAUUUAGCAGAAAGACUCGCGAAGGUGAACCCAUGUUGGGAUGACGAUAAGCUGUACAUGGUAUCUAGAGACAUCAACAUCGCUACAUGGCAACAAAUCAUGUACUACGAUCUGAUGCCUAACAUAGUAGAUUACAAGUACCUUUUGAAGAACGGCGUGAUAUUUCCUGAUCAUGGGCAUGUAGAUGACUACGAUCCAAGUCUAGAACCGCUUGUCAGUAUAGACUACACCGUUGCUAGUAGAUGGUUCCACUCACUUCAAGAAGGGAGGCUCAAUUUAUAUGACAAUCAGGGUAAGAUAUUGAGGCAAGUGGCAGCAGUAGAGACGACGCUACAUACCGGUAUGCUGCCUUUAAACAACACUCUCGAGGGGCUUACACAAGGCAGUUUCAGACAACCGUGCACCAGUACUGACAAAGCUAUGGACCCCGACGUAAGUAUGUAACGGUGUGCCAUGCCACCGUUUGUUUUCCUAGGUUUCAGUAUGCAAACUUUUUACUUUUGAAAUUCAACAUCAUUUCAUUUUAUUACUCGUCUUUCGUAAUUUAAAAUUUUGACUAAUCAAUUAUACUCUUUAUGGAUGUCAGUUCGUAAGAAAUUCUCCUAUGCACAAGAUGAAAUUAUAAUACAAUACAAUAUUAAUGGUAUAAAUUUUACUAUGUAAUUUUAAAAUAAUUCAUUUAUUGUGAUAAAUAAUGUGAUAUGGUGAUACAAAUUAUAUAACAUAUGUAACUACUAAAUUGUAAUCUGUAUUUUGAAAGAUCCAAAAUUUAACUAGAAGCCCGACAAGGGUUUUUCUUAUACCCUUAUUUAACUAAUAAAUAUAUACUCAAGCUAAGCAGCCUUAUUAAUUGACCCAAGCACCGAACCCGUAACAAGUAUAAGAUGCUAUAUAUCGAGAUGGGUAGGUGACAUAAGACACUGAUGAUUUGAAUAA